CCCAGCCCACAUGCUGUGGGUAUCUGCACACUUGGCUUUGCGCUUGCCCUCCUUUCAUCCUUCUCCCACUGUCCUCCCAUCUCGUCUCUCCGCAUCACUCCCUCCGCGCCGCGUCCUCUCUCCAGGUGGGCCUACUGCUGCAAAUAGGAGCCGGCACGCUGCCCCCCUCUAUAGUCACGGAGCUCCUGCUCUCGGGGGACCGCCGCCAGCUGGCACGUGUGGCGCCCACCGCCAAGCCCCAGGGGCUCUCCCUCAUGCGCGUGGACUACCCUCCCACUGCCCUCAUUCCGCCGCCCGACUCCCCGCCACCCAGCCUCAGUUAUUUCGAGCAAUAG